AUACAUAACCUCAACAUUAUGAUACUUACAAACAUCGCUAAACAAGUAGUGCGAACGAUGUCGACAUUUCGCUUGGCGUUGGUACAACUUGAAGUAAAUGAAGUAAAACGCAAAAAUGUAGAGCGGGCAGUUUCCUACAUUUCUAGCGCAAAAGAGCACAAUGCUGAUAUUAUAGCUCUUCCUGAAUGCUUUAAUUCACCAUAUGGAAUACAGUACUUUCCAAAAUACGCCGAGAGUAUUCCUGAUGGUGAAACGAGCGUUGCUUUAUCGAAUGCAGCUAAAGAAAACAACAUCUAUGUAGUUGGUGGUACGAUGCCUGAAAUAGAGGGCGAUAAAUUGUACAAUACCUGUACUAUUUGGGGUCCCGAUGGAACUUUGAUAGCAAAACACCGAAAGGUACAUCUAUUCGACAUCGACAUUCCUAAUAAGAUUACUUUUCGAGAGAGUGAUUCACUCAGUCCUGGUAACUCCCUAACGACGUUCGAUGUGAAGGGCUGCAAAAUAGGUAUUGGCAUAUGCUAUGAUAUUAGAUUCGAGGAAAUGGCACGCAUUUAUCGGAACAAAGGUUGCCAAAUGCUGAUAUAUCCAGCGGCAUUCAAUAUGACCACUGGACCACUGCACUGGUCAUUACUUCAGCGUUCCAGAGCGAAUGAUAAUCAAUUAUACGUUGCUUGCAUAUCACCGGCUCGUGUUCCUUCAGCAAGUUACGUCGCAUGGGGGCAUACACAGUUGACCAAUCCCUGGGGAGAGAUUCUUUACGAUUUGGAAACUCAAGAGAAUAUGGCAGUCACCGAUAUCGAUCUAAAAGUUGUUGAGGAAGUAAGGGCUCAGAUACCUACAUUUUCUCAGAGACGUACAGAUUUGUACGACACUGUCUGUAAGAAGGAGUAACUCUACACUAAAACAGAAAAUGUUUUUUUAUAAUAUUUCUACUACAAUAUCCUUUUUUUGUGAAUUAUUACUAAUUUCUUAUCAUUUGUACUAAAUGAAUGACUCAAUUAAGAAAACCAAAACGUUAUAAAUAAUAAUCUGUAUAUCUUGUGUAUCAACAUGUAAUUGGAUAUUAUAAUAAUAUAGGAAUGCUAUAAUAAUAUAGGAUAAUAAUAUAGGAGAAUAGAAUAAUAAUAUAUAAUAAUAAUAUGCUUUUAAACACCUUUAA